AGACAGGUCAUCUAAACUCGAUCAGGGUAUUGAUCCGCCGAUGUCCCUCGCAGCUAAACGUUACGCCAUCCUUGCCAAUCGGUCGUCUCGUGUUCGAGCGAAAGAAUGUGGCGGGAUUGCGCCAGCGGUGGCCAAAUCUCCGUGUAUUCGAGAAUAGAAACCGGUAUGAUGCUUGCGAUCCAAUGCUAAAGUCUGUAUAUAUGUACAGGGCCACGAAGGCUGUUCGACCCGCACAAGCUACGAAUACGCCCUCACAGGUCCAGCUCUAUCGUUCCAUUCAGAAUGGCUACAGUUCUCUCACCACCUCAUUCCAUUGGCAUACAUGGGCAUGAUGCUCCUCCGGCUGCCAUUGCUCAAAGCAGAGACUCUAUCGGUCAUGCAGCAGAGGACCCUUCCGUGACCGUGAAGCACCCGAAGGCUCUAGAAAGCCACGCAUCUCCAAUAAACCUUCUAUCCUCUACGCCCAUACUCUACAUCCCACCCAUUCUAUCAUCUCUGCCUCCUGAGAUUGGGAUUCCUUUGUCAGCUGCAUAUAUCUCGCACCAGCCGCCGCUCUCCACUGAUUCUCAUCUUCCAUCCAUCGACGAUGCCUCUCUUGCCCUGCAUCAUGCUCUUCAUCGAUUCCACCCAAUAACUUCGGAGUAUGCAUUCACUCCAUACCCGGAUGCAUUCAACUGGAGUGAACUGGAAUUGCCCGAAUCCAUCGAGCGCGAAUGGUAUUGCGUUGUUUUCCGCAGCAAGCGACGAUCAGGGAGCGAAAGUGGCUCUCUUUAUGAUGCGGACCGCCUAGCACACGAAGAGGCUGUUCAAAAUGGUGGAUUGCUCCUUUACUGGUAUGGCACCCCGCAUCCAGAAAGUGGAAUGAACCUCGCCACUUGCAUCUGGCAAUCCCGCGCGCACGCACUAGCCGCAAACACGCGUCCGCAUCACAUCCGCGCAAUGCGACUGGCAGCCGCGUCUUAUGAGCACUAUGAGCUGAAGAGGUAUUGGCUGCGCAAGACCAAGGGUGAACGUGGACUCACGGUGCGGCCGUAUGAUGACUAGGACAUCUGGUGUAGCGAGUAGAUAUUCGGUUUGCUUGCAUCAUUCUCAUCAAUCUGUAACCAUAGGCAGCGUCGAUCGGAGUAAUUGCACUGCUUCAAUUUUCCUGAAG